AUGUCCUCCAAAGUAAAUUACCAUACACUUUCACCGUCCAAGUAUAAGCUGAAGUAUUUCAUGAAACCUAAAAUAAAACAACUGGGAAAUGGCUGCACAAUAUUUACACGUCAAUUACGAGUAUAUAGUUUAUUUUCAUUUAUUGCAUGGUUAUUUCUCAUUGGAACAUUCCUGUAUACAACAUUGCAAUUAUGCUCUUUAAUCUUAAAGCAAUCAAGUUUUAGCAGUAAUGCAUAUGCGAGUUAUUAUGGCAAAAACUGGAUACCAUCUAUUUAUACUGUAUCACGUUUAUCUGAUGCAAUUCUUAAUAUAUGGCCUGCGAAUAUUGCGAAAAAUAUUAUGCCAUCAUAUGGUUUAACUUUGGUCAGUUUCAGUAAUCAAACACCGUUUCCAUAUACCGAUCAGUUAAAAUCUGUUAUUGCAUUCGAUGAGAGAGAGCAGUCUCGAGUAUUUUUAAGUAGUGUACAUCAAGGUUUAAUUACUAGAUUGAUAUGGGUAUAUCCAUCUUGGAAACAAAUAUCCGUUGACCAAUUUUAUAAAAAGGCACAAUAUCAUGUUGGUUUAGCAAAAAUUAAUUUAUUAGAACACGAAAGUGAUUUGUUCGUGACUGAUAUACCGAUGAGUUUUACAACGUUUUGUUUGUGUACAGCAUUUGAAAGUGUGUGCAGCCUACCUUUACUGUCUUUACCUAAUUUACGUAUAUCAAGACAAUCAUGUUCAGUGAAUGGUAGUUUUAUCUACGAAGAAGUUAUUGACCUGAUGGUUGAAUCAUUACUUUCAGAAGAGAAAACCAAAGAUAUAACAAAAGAUUCUAUUUAUGUAUUUUCACGUACAAGUUUUAUCCACUCAGAUAAUAUAAUUUCAUCAUCAUCAUCCAAUAGAUUGACACCAUGUCAUAUUGACCAAAUGUUAAACGCUUCUUCUCUUCACCACCAUCAUCAUCGAAGAGACCCAGCUCUUAUUCAUCAGUACAUAACACUAGUCAAAAAUCUGUUCAACAAACUCUUUAAAUUUCGAUCAAUUGAAAAAAUUCAUCUACUUGAUAAAUUGAAUCAACUUAUUAGUGCAAUGCUGCUGCUUAUGAAUCCACAAAAUUCAAAUAUGCUGUCAAAUUGGUCGAAUGAAACAUUACUAUUACAUACAGCGUGUUGUACACCAUCAUCCUUUGAACCACUUCUAUUUGAUACAGAUAUAAAAGUUAAUAUAUAUAAUCAAUGGAAAAAGAAUUUGCAUUUUGCAUUUUAUUAUGUAGAUAAUUAUUGUUCAUAUUCUACAGAAAUUAUUAAAAAACUCUUGAGCUUGUCUCUUGGUAAUUUUCAUUCUAAAGAGGAAAUAUUCAAUUUAUGGAAUUGGUUGUGUAGUUUAACAAAAGCUCAGUUAAAAUUUAUUGGACAAUUUCUACUAUGUACUUAUCAAAGUAACAGUAAUACUCAUUCACUUGGUCUAUGUGAACGUCAAAAGUCUGCAAUCAUUUCAUUUAGUGGAAUACCUAUUAUCCAGCGAAAUUCUUUAACUCUGCAUAGAUUAAAAAAUAUUUUCACUUAUUUACCACGUCCAGUCAUUGUAAAUGUAGUCAUGCAUCCGUAUUUGGGACGAGUUAUUCACAAGAUCCACUUACCACAUGAACUGUGCAAUAUGCUCAAUCAAACUUAUUCCAAUUAA